AUGGAUGCACGACUUCGCGUCGUCCAGAUACUGCAAGAUCAAAGAGCGCAAGCAGCUCAAGCGGCUCAACAAGGACUUGCUGCCCUACCGCCCGCUCCAGUACCUGCAGCUCCAGCUGUACUACCGGGAGAUCAACUUCCAGCUCAGCCGCCAGCCACGCCUCCGCCUCCGCCUCCUCAAGUCGAUAUCGCUGGAGAGACUGCUAAAAUUCUCGACAUCUACCCAAAGAUCGAGGUCAACUUCAUACAUCGAUUCCUGAGGUCGGGCUGGGACGCACGUGCCUUCGUCGAUGCCGUCACUGAUGAACGUGUGCACCCGCCUAUGCGUCGCUCAGACCGGAUUCAAGACAUCAGCCUUCAAAACAUCGAUGAUGAUGAGAGUGAUGACGAUGUUGAUGAUGGCGUUCAACCCGUAGUGACGGAGUUCGAGAAGCCGAGUCGUGAAACUCUGGCAAAAAUAUAUGCCGAAUUGGAACAGCGACUUCAGGAUGCGUACGCCAACAUGCCUGCCGCGGGGCGAGAGCCGCUAGCGCUCAAUUGGCACGAAAAAGCCUUCCUUCGCCGACUGGCCCCCAAUAUCCUGGCUACUGCGCAGACCAAGCUAUGUGAAUAUUCACUCAACCAUCACAAUGCACUCCUCGCUAUGUUCCUAUAUUCACGUGAAAAUUCUGCGGGUCGAGAGCGGGUGGAACAGCUUUUCAUAAAUCACAUUCAAGCGGCCGAACGCGACAGGAGAUCGGUUUUUGGAAGACGUCGUGCAGAGUAUGCCGCUUGGACCAAGGCGUUCCACAGACCAUUACGCGUGAAGGCGGAAGCGAAUCCGAGUGCAAAUAACCCAACACCGGGGUUUAUGGCUCCUCUCGCUUUCUUGGAAGGUUUACUGCCGAAGGCCGAUAUGUUCGAGUGCGCUGUUUGCUUCAAUGAAGAAUAUACCAGCCGAUCGAUUGAGUGCACGGCUACUCAUGAAGGAGGCGAAACUCAUCGUUUCUGCUUUGAAUGCCUUAAGGGGUACGUUGGAGCGGCAGUCAGCGAGAUCGCCUCGAUUUCGAGUGAUGGCACUGGGCUUCGCUGCAUGGAUUCUAGUUGCACGAAUGUAUUGAAGCAAGCUGAGGUCAUGCGCAAACUGCCGUCGGGCGAGAAGCAAAUGCGACGUAAACUCGAAACGGCUAUCGCUCGUGCUGCCGUCGCUGCUUGCGGUAUGACCCUCGAAGAUUGCGUUUUCUGCUCGUUUGCGCAAGAAUUUUGCGAUCCGGUUGAAGUCAACAAAGUUUUCGAUUGCAGGAAAUGCCGUGCUUCUUUCUGCAGGUUGUGUAAGAUCAAAUGGAGCUCACACAUGGGACUGAAAUGCGAGGAGGCUAAGGAAAGCGGGCUCAGUAAGGAGGACGUUCUUCGUCUGCAAUUAGAGGAAGAUCUGUCCAACAUCUUCGUCCGCCAGUGCAAGCGCUGUAACCAAGCCUUCCAAAAGGAUGAGGGUUGCAACAAGAUGACAUGCCGCUGCGGGGCCCUCCAAUGCUACGUCUGUGAUGCGACCAUCGCCGGUUACGACCAUUUCUGCAACCACCCAAAACAUCCGAACGACAAGGAGUGCCCGCAGAGAUGUGGUCACUGCUUCCUCUGGGUCAACAUAGAUCAGCAGCGAAUCGAAAAAGGCAACGAAGUGCUGGCCAAGUAUCGUGGGCGCGUGCCAGACGACGACCUCGCCAAAUACGCUUCCGGACUGGGCGUCAAGAAG